ACGCCCCGUGCCCCGCCAGUUACGCCCCAGCGGGUCUCUCUCCGAAGCCGCCCGGGACUUGUGUUUGCGUCCGGCCUGAGACCACCGUUUCCCUCCGUCUCACCAGGGCUAUGGCCUCAUGCGACGAGGUGCGGCAGCUGAAAAAAGAAAAUACCCGUUCCUUGACUAUGUGUGGCCAUGUUGGUUUUGAAAGUUUACCUGAUCAGCUGGUCGAUAGAUCCAUUGAGCAAGGCUUCUGUUUUAAUAUUCUCUGUGUGGGGGAGACUGGAAUUGGAAAAUCAACACUGAUUAACACAUUGUUUAAUACUAAUUUUGAAGAACUUGAAUCCUCACAUUUUUGUCCAUGUGUUAGACUUAGAGCCCAGACAUAUGAACUCCAGGAAAGCAAUGUUCGCUUGAAACUGACCAUUGUAAAUACAGUGGGCUUCGGUGACCAAAUAAAUAAAGAAGACAGCUAUCAACCGAUAGUUGAUUACAUAGAUGAUCAAUUUGAGGCCUAUCUCCAGGAAGAACUGAAGAUCAGGCGUGCUCUUUUUAACUACCAUGACUCUCGCAUCCAUGUGUGCCUCUACUUCAUUGCUCCGACAGGCCACUCUCUAAGGACACUCGACCUUUUAACCAUGAAGAGCCUGGACAACAAGGUGAACAUUAUACCACUUAUUGCCAAGGCAGAUACAAUUUCUAAAAGUGAACUACAGAAGUUUAAGAUGAAGCUAAUGAGUGAACUGGUCAUCAAUGGUGUGCAGAUCUAUCAGUUUCCAACAGACGACGACACAACUGCCAAGAUCAAUGGAGCGAUGAACGGCCAUUUGCCAUUUGCUGUUGUUGGAAGUAUGGAUGAGAUAAAAGUUGGAAAUAAGAUGGUGAAGGGUCGUCAGUAUCCUUGGGGUAUCGUACAAGUGGAAAAUGAAAAUCACUGUGACUUUGUAAAGCUGCGGGAAAUGCUUAUUUGCACAAACAUGGAGGACCUGCGGGAGCAGACGCAUUUGAGGCACUAUGAGCUGUACAGGCGCUGCAAACUGCAGGAGAUGGGCUUUGUAGAUGUGGGCCCAGAGAACAAGCCCCUCAGUCUUCAAGAGACUUAUGAAGCUAAAAGGCACGAAUUGUAUGGUGAACGUCAGAGGAAGGAAGAACAGAUGAAGCAGAUGUUUGUGCAGCGAGUAAAGGAGAAAGAAGCCAUAUUGAAAGAAGCUGAAAGAGAGCUUCAGGCCAAAUUUGAGCACCUCAAAAGAAUUCAUCAGGAAGAGAGAAUGAAACUUGAAGAAAAGAGAAGAAUGCUGGAGGAAGAAUCAGUCACUUUCGCUAAGAAGAAAGCUACCUGUGAGCUGUUCCCGAACCAGUCAUUUAUGGCGUCAGGUAGCAGCAUUAGGAAGGACAGAGACCGAAAAAACUGAGCAACAUCUCAUCCUCAGCCCAAGCACAAAGACGGUUAAGAGCUCAGGACUCAGCCUCACAGACAGGGUGGCCUGAUAACUGCUGUUCUCUUUCAAAGUCCCAUGGCUGACUACCCCGUAUGUGCGUCUAUCUGCUCCUUGGAGAGCAGCUUUGGGAAAGUGAUGCGGUUGGUAAUUCUCACUUCCUGGUUUUUAUUGUCCCAUUCAAAAGACUUUUUUCUUUCCAGCUCCAAUUUUAUGUAACAAGAGUUCCAGAGCACAGAUGACCAUCACAGUCAAAAGCUAUUUGUAUGCAUUGAGGUUUUGCUCUUUUUUUUUUUUUUUUUUUUU